AUGGAGGUGUUGAUGGUGAUAUUGGAAGUGUUGUUGGAUGUAUUGAUGGUGCUGAUGUUGAUGCUGGUCGAUAUAUUGAUGAUGUUGACGAAGGUGGUCGAUACAUUGAUGUAUCACGGGUUGAAGACCCUUCGGGUGUUAACCCCUAGGGUGCAGAGCCCAACGGGUACAGAGCCCUCAGGUACAGACCCCACAGGUACAGACUCCUCAGGUACAGACCCCUCGGGUACAGACCCCUCGGGUACAGACCCCUCGGGUACAGACCCCUCGGGUACAGACCCCUCGGGUACAGACCCCACGGGUACAGACCCCUCGGGUGCAGACCCCUCGGGUGCAGACCCCACGGGUACAGACCCCACGGGUACAGACCCCUUGGGUACUGACCCCUCGGGUGCAGACCCCUCGGGUGCAGACCCCUCGGGUACAGACCCCACGGGUACAGACCCCUCGGGUACAGACCCCACGGGUACAGACCCCUCGGGUACAGACCCCUCGGGUACAGACCCCACGGGUACAGACCCCUCGGGUACAGACCCCACGGGUACAGACCCCUUGGGUACUGACCCCACGGGUACAGACCCCUCGGGUACAGACCCCUCGGGUACAGACCCCACGUGUACAGACCCCACGGGUACAGACCCCUCGGGUACAGACCCCUCGGGUACAGACCCCACGGGUACAGACCCCUCGGGUACAGACCCCACGGGUACAGACCCCUUGGGUACUGACCCCACGGGUACAGACCCCUCGGGUACAGACCCCUCGGGUACAGACCCCACGUGUACAGACCCCACGGGUACAGACCCCUCGGGUACAGACCCCACGGGUACAGACCCCUCGGGUACAGACCCCACGGGUACAGACCCCUCGGGUACAGACCCCUCGGGUGCAGACCCCACGGGUACAGACCCCUCGGGUACAGACCCCUCGGGUACAGACCCCUCGGGUACAGACCCCUCGGGUGCAGACCCCACGGGUACAGACCCCUCGGGUACAGACCCCUCGGGUACAGACCCCACGGGUACAGACCCCUCGGGUACAGACCCCACGUGUACAGACCCCACGGGUACAGACCCCUCGGGUACAGACCCCACGGGUACAGACCCCUCGGGUACAGACCCCACGGGUACAGACCCCACGGGUACAGACCCCUCGGGUACAGACCCCUCGGGUACAGACCCCACGUAUACAGACCCCUCGGGUACAGACCCCUCGGGUACAGACCCCACGUGUACAGACCCCUCGGGUACAGACCCCACGGGUACAGACCCCACGGGUACAGACCCCUCGGGUACAGACCCCUCGGGUACAGACCCCACGUAUACAGACCCCUCGGGUGCAGACCCCACGGGUACAGACCCCUCGGGUACAGACCCCUCGGGUACAGACCCCACGGGUACAGACCCCUCGGGUACAGACCCCUCGGGUGCAGACCCCACGGGUACAGACCCCUCGGGUACAGACCCCUCGGGUGCAGACCCCACGGGUACAGACCCCUCGGGUACAGACCCCUCGGGUACAGACCCCUCGGGUACAGACCCCACGGGUACAGACCUCACGGGUACAGACCCCUCGGGUACAGAACCGUUAAAAAUGGCCACGCAUUAA